AUUGCUAACUUUUGACAGUGGCAAGGUGUUCGUUUGGUAACUGCGGUGCUUUAGACUGCAUGAUUACUAAAAUGUUUGCGCUUCGAAGUUGUCGAACAGUUUUUCUUAACCUUUCACAGGCGGGAGUUAAACGCCAAGUUGCAGAGCAAGCUUCCCGAAGUGUAUCAGCUGCUGCCGAUGAAGCCCAUAAAGACAUGCCCAUCAAAAUGGAAAAUCCAUUCAAGGAGCCUCCGAAAGGAUGCAUUCUGUGCAGCAACAAUAUACAAGUAGAUUACAAAAACAUUCAGUUGCUCUCUCAGUUCAUAUCACCACACACAGGGCGAAUUUAUGGCAGACACAUAACAGGACUUUGUGGGAGGAGACAAAAGGAGAUAUCCAAAGCUAUAAAGAGGGCACAUUCAAUGGGUUUCAUGUCAGUGACGUUAAAAGACCCCCAGUUUAUGAAGGACCCCAACAUCUGUGACAUCAAACAUCUGGAAUAACAUGUGCAUGGUCAUCAAGUUUCCAAACAGACACAUUUUAUGAGAAAUGAACAAACAUUUUCCUGAAAUUAUGUCUACAAUUAUUUUAUUUUUUUUUGGUUCUGCUGAACCUGUGAAGCUACAGUGCUUCGGUUACUUUCCUUUUUAUAAUUCUCAAUUGUUGAACUGUAAAUUAAAUUUCUGUGUUGAAUAUG